AUGAAAUUUGUUAAUCCCAAUCGUCUUUUGAGAUGUUUUUAUACUGCUUCAGGGUUGAAGGUGAAUCUCAACAAAAGCAAAGUGUUUGGGAUCGGUGUACAGGAGAUUGAGGUUAGUAGAUUGGCUAACAUUCUUUGUUGUGAGCCCGGUAAAUUCCCUUUUACUUAUCUUGGGCUCCCGAUAGGAGCCAAUAUGAAACUUGCCAAACACUGGAGACCAGUUGUGGAUAAAUUUAAAAAUAAAUUAUCGAAUUGGAAGGCGAAUAAUCUCUCGUUUGGGGGAAGGCUUACCCUUGUUAAAUCUGUUUUGGGAAUUAACUUGGAAGACUUGUUUGUAAGGCGUCUUAGAGCGGGAAAUAGAACCUACUUUUGGAAGGACAAAUGGUGUGACGGUGUAGUGUUGAAAGAUGUUUUUCCAGAACUUUAUCGCAUUGAAGUGCAGAAAAAUUGCAUGGUCAAUAAUAGAAUUCAAAACAAAGGUCUAGAUGGAAUUCAUGGGCAGUGGUCAGGAAAUCUAAGGAGAGGAAGGGAGGCAACACGUUUAUCAUAUUUAAACAAAAAAGUUGUUGGUAUGGUGUUGACAUGCAUAGAUGAUUCGUGGGUUUGGAAAGGUAACGAGACCGGUGGUUUUACAGUUCAAAAUUUGCGGAACUUGAUGGCUACUGCGGAAGAGGAUCCUAUUAGAGGUGUGACUUUGCCAUCGUGUCUUUGCCCGCUCUGUGGUAUUGAACAGGAAGAUGUCGAACAUUUGUUUUUUAAGUGUAGUUUUGCAAAAAAGUUCCCUCCCAACUUCAAUUCGGCCAUUAAAUACACACACCCAUCCGUUAAUUCUCUCCAUACUCGAACGUCUUACGUAGUCCAUUUGCAGAUCAUGGCACCCACCGGAGAACAACACCUUCUGUCCACAGAAAUCGUCAACCGGGGAAUUGAAUCGUCCGGCCCCGAUGCUGGUUCCAUGUCUUUCUCUGUCAGGGUUCGCCGUCGGCUACCGGACUUUCUCCACUCUGUGAAGCUCAAGUACGUGAAGCUUGGCUACCAUUACCUAAUCAACCACGGGAUUUACUUGGCUACUGUGCCGGUGCUGGCCCUGGUGUUUGGUGCGGAGGUCGGUCGCUUCAUCAGGGAAGAGAUGUGGCGGAAGCUAUGGGACACCACCGCCGGCUACGAUCUUGUUUCUCUACUUCUUUUUGUUGCUGUCUUUACCUUCACCCUAAGUUACUAUUUCUUGUUCAGCCCUCGAUCCAUCUAUCUAGUAGAUUUUGCAUGCUUUAAACCCGAUGAUGAUCUCAAGGUGACGAAGGACGAAUUUAUUGAAUUAGCAAGAAAGUCGGGAAAAUUUGAUGAAGAGAGCCUCGAAUUUCAAAAGAAGAUACUUGAAUCUUCGGGGAUCGGAGACGAAACGUACGUCCCAAAGGCAAUAUGCUCGCCGGAAAAGAUCUCCACCAUGAAAGAUGGAAGAGCAGAGGCGUCCCUGGUGAUAUUUGGAGCUCUAGACGAACUUUUUGAGAAAACCGGGAUCCAACCAAAGGACGUCGGAGUACUUGUUGUAAACUGCAGCAUUUUCAACCCAACGCCGUCUCUGUCGGCGAUGAUUAUCAAUCAUUACAAGAUGAGGGGAAACACUUUGAGUUUCAACUUGGGUGGCAUGGGUUGCAGCGCCGGGAUUAUUGCGGUGGAUUUGGCAACUGACAUGCUUCAGGCGAACACGAAUAACGUUGCGGUGGUGGUGAGCACGGAGAUAGUAUCGUAUAACUGGUACCCAGGUCGUGAUCGGUCUAUGCUCAUCCCUAACUGCUUCUUCAGAAUGGGUUGCUCCGCCCUGAUGCUCUCCAAUCGCCGCGGUGACUACCGCCGAGCCAAGUACAGGCUUGAACACAUCGUUCGAACGCACAAAGGUGGUAAUGAUUCAAGCUUCCGGAGCGUAUAUCAAGAAGAAGACGAACAACGAUUCAAAGGGUUGAAAAUCAGCAAAGAUAUCGUCGAGAUAGGCGGCGACGCCAUUAAAACCAACAUCACCACCUUAGGUCCAUUAGUCCUCCCAGUCUCCGAGCAACUCCUCUUCUUUUCCACACUCAUCAAGAGGUACCUUUCCGGCACCACCAAAGACAAAGAAGGCGUCACCACCGCGAGUAACUCUUCUCAGCUAUUUCCACCGCCUUCCUCCUCCUCCUCCGCCACCACCACCAAGCCAUACAUUCCCGACUACAAGCUAGCAUUCGAACACUUCUGCAUCCACGUCACCAGCAAGACGGUGUUGAAUGAGCUGCAACGCAACCUGGGGCUGAGCGACAACAACAUGGAGCCAUCUCGAGCCACCCUCCACCGGUUCGGGAACACCUCCUCCAGUAGCAUCUGGUAUGAGUUGGCUUAUCUGGAGGCGAAGGGAAGAGUGAAACGGGGCGACCGGGUCUGGCAACUGGCAUUCGGGUCGGGUUUCAAAUGCAACAGUGCUGUUUGGAAAUCGGUUCGUGACAUGAAAAAGCCGUCUGCCAACAACCCUUGGCUUGAUUGCAUUGACAGGUAUCCUGGGGAGGUUCUUUCUCAGUCUAACCAAGUUCACCCCCUCAAUUUUAGUUGAAUUACACUUGUGUACCUUAUAAAUGUAAGUGGUUUAAGCUCUGAAUUUGCAAAAGAAAAAGGAAAAUAAUAAGAGUCUGUAGUGAACAAUCUGUUAGGUUGGUCAUAGUAUUGUUGUGUUUUGUUUCAUUUGAUUGUUGAUCACUUAUCAUAGCCUUCCGUUAUAUCAUAUCACAAAGAAAGUAUUAUGUGUA